CCUACCAAGUUAUACUGGGUGGUAAAGCAGAGAACCGCAUAGGCACUGUGCUGCACAAAAAUCGGAAAUCGUAUGGUUGUGCCACCCAUCACUUGGAGACACUACAGUGGGUGAAUUCAUCUAGUCGUUGCACGAGUGAGACUUCACCAAAACAGCACUUUACGAGUAGUUAUGAAGGUUGGCAAACUGCCAGCAUGCACACUAUGUCAAACGCGAUGGAUAUGACACUGGAUCAACCCAUGAAAAGCAGGGAAACCACUUCCCCAGGACCGCAACGGUCACCCAAGCCGCAUAUGGGACGUGACGGGUCUUUCUUGGGUCAUUCAUGCAGCAAUUGCGGUACCAAGAGUACUCCUCUAUGGCGGCGAUCGCCCACUGGUGCUAUGAUUUGCAACGCUUGUGGGCUCUAUUUGAAGGCGCGAAAUGUUCAUAGACCGACGAAACGCAACAGACCCCGACCUCAAGCAGUAUCUACCGCGGAUCAUGCUGUGCAAUUCGUUUCAGAAACGGCAGAAACGCCCGCUGAGACAGGCUGCGGCUCGGUUGGGUCGUGUCCAGGCGGCGGCAAUUGUAAUGGUACCGGCGGUGCUGAGGGUUGUGAGGGAUGUCCAGCCUACAACAAUCGAGUAUACAAAGCGGCCGCUAGGGUAAUACCGACAUCACAGCCUGUGUAUUCUCAGCCCCCUGCGGAGUCGAUUAAGGCUCAUCCGAUGACACCAGAAUCGACCUCUGGAGGUCAAGAAAAGAGCGAUCUUCUUGUUGCAUGCCAUAACUGCGGUACUACUGUAACACCCCUCUGGCGACGCGAUGAGGAUGGCCAUCCAAUUUGUAAUGCUUGUGGUCUGUACUACAAGCUGCAUGGAUGUUACCGACCAACCACGAUGAAAAAAUCAACCAUCAAAAGAAGGAAACGGGUAGUCCCUGCCAUGCGUGACCACUCCCCAAGCGGCAUGACACAGUCGUCCGGCGAUUCUUCUGCCUCUCCAGAAACUCAACCGGCAGCACUGGCGCAUAUGUCAGAUAGACCGAUCCUCGCCCCACCUCCAGUUGACUUUACUGGUUACAACGGAAAUGCAGCCACUCUUCCUCACCAUCCUGCUCCUCGAUUACCUGACCUACAAUCUUCUUUUCCCCGUCAGUCACAUUCCCCUGGGUUAACAACCGGUAACAGGGAAGGGGAAGUCCUUGCGCCUAUCGAGCCCUCAAACCAACUUCCCCCGAUCAUGUCACAGGCCAACCCUACACCACCCGCGCGUCUUAGUCCGAUUUCGUCAAUUCUCAACCAAGGCAAUGGUGCCGAUGAAAUCAAAAUGGGCGGCUAUAGACAUUCGCCACCAUUGAACCCCCAAUCACGACUCCCUUCCCCUGGACAGCCGGAUACAUACCACAAGCUUGAGCGUCGAGCCCAACUUCAACGCGAAGCCGAGCUAAUGCGCGAAGCCCUGAAGGCCAAAGAGCGAGAGUUGGCCGAGCUUGAGAGAUGACAUUUUUGAAGCAUACGACUACUACGAUAUGUUAUGUGACAUUUUACGUUUUGACUUAGACUAUACCCGGGGGUGCUAUUACUUGGGCCAAUUUCACAAGUGGCUGCAAGUGCAAUACGGAGUUUCCAGGUUUCUACCUUUUCUAUUAAAAAUGACUGUACUUUAAAAUGGUAUCAAUGAUGUGUUUAGGCAAUGAAUGAGUCUCCUUAUGUGCUGACCUGGAUAUUUGAAUUUGAUUCGUUGGUAGAACCAAUCGACGGCAAGCUAUGUCAUUAUGAGGUUACCCACCACUCAGAUCUCCUAGGAAUUAACGAAACAACUAA